GAAAGAAAGAUCACUGCAGUUUGGAAUGUGGCAGAGAAUUCUCUAACUGGAGUGCUCUUCAGAAACAAACGAGAGUUCACACUGGAGAGAAGACAUAUUGCUGUAAUGAAUGUGGUAAACAGUUUUCACAAAAAGGCAAUCUUCAGAGACACACGAGAGUUCACACUGGAGAGAAGCCAUAUUGCUGUAAUGAUUGUGGUAAAAAGUUUUCACAUAUGACCAAUCUUCAGAGACAUACAAGAGUUCACACUGGAGAAAAGCCAUAUUGCUGUAAUGAAUGUGGUAAACAGUUUUCACAUAUGAUCAGUCUUAAGAGACACAUUAGAGUUCACACAAAAGAGAAGCCAUACUGCUGUAAUCAAUGUGGUAAACAGUUUUCACAGAGAGUCAGUCUUCAGAAACACACUAGAGUUCAUUCCAGAGAGAAGCUGUAUUGCUGUAAGGAAUGUGGCAAACAGUUUUCAGAGAUGGACAGUCUACAGAAACACACAAGAGUUCACACCGGAGAGAAGCCAUAUUGCUGUAAUGAAUGUGGUAAACAGUUUUCACAAAUGAGCAGUCUUCAGAGACACACUAGAGUUCACACCGGAGAGAAGCCAUAUUGCUGUAAUCAAUGUGGCAAACAGUUUUCAGAGAUGAGCAAUCUUCAGAGACACACAAGAGUUCACAACAGAAUAAAAACAGUAGCAGUUCAAAAGUCAGUCCAGAAAACAAAGAACCCCUCAGGACUCAAGAGUGAGGUUCAGUCGUGUCCUGAAAAGUAAGCAAACUAAACUUUUGUUGAGAAAUGAAUAUCAAACAGAAACCAUAUUGAUGUUUGGAAUGUGGCAAACAAAUCUGUCAGUGCAGUACACUUUAGAAAAGCACCAAAAUUCCCACUGGAGAGAAGUACAACUGAACUGUCCUGACUAAAGAGUGAGGUUCACUCCUGCCUGUACAGUAAGCACAUGUAACUGACACAAAUCCAUCCUACUUAGUGUUGUGUCAAAAACUAAUCAACACGGAAGAGAAAUAGAAGUUUAUAUCCUUUUUCCUUUUCCACAAACAAAACAAAGAACAGGGUGUCAUACAAACGGCUCCUCACCAAAGCCCCUAAAGCCUCCACCAUGCGCCUAGCUUUGUUUUCAUAACAUACAUAUUACAUAUAGAACUAUUUACAACGUAUUAUACACAUUUCAUCAGAAAAAAGAAAAAAAAAACACUUUACAAUAUACAU